UUUCUCUCUCUCUCUCACCUAAAAGCACACCCUUCAAACACACAUACAUCUACAUCUUUCGGAUUGCUUUCUCUCUCUCUCUCUCUCUCUCUCUAAAAAGUUGUCUUUGUUCCAAGAUAGAGCAGCUGAUAUAUGAUCAGCAAAGCUGCUGCAUCAACUGAUUAGAAAAAGGAAGGUCAAAUCUUGAAUUUAAUUCCCAUCUUUCAUCCAUUCAUAGCACACCCUUUCAAGUCUGUUGGAGAGCUCAUAUAUAUCUAUCUGAAGAAUAUAUAUAUAUAUAUAUAUAUCAAGAGGCCAUCGUGUUAACAGAUUUUGAAUGAUGAUGAUGAUGAUGGAGCAACACGUGGACACUCAUUAUUUCUCCAUCACUACCACCCUCUCUUCAGUUUCUGGGAAUUGAAGCAGAUCUUCUCCAGCUGCUUUUGUUUUUUACAGUUGCGUAUGGGUUGACAAAACCCUACCUUAGGCAGCAGAUUGAAGAAACUUAUAAUAUAUAAAAACAUCCAUGGCGACCUACUAUAAUGGAAGUUCAGAAAUUCAAGGAGGAGAUGGGUUGCAGACACUAGUUCUCAUGAAUCCUGGAUAUGUUUAUUACUCCGACGCACAACAAUCCAAUCAACCACAGCCUGGGAACUUCGUGUUUCUUGAUUCCAACCAUCCUGGAAAUAAUCCGGUCAACAGUCACCAGCAGCAGGCAAAUAUGUCUCACGCGCCACCGCCACCACCACCGCCUUCCCAGACUCAGCAAUUUGUUGGCAUCCCGCUAUCUGCAUCACCACCGUCAUCUGUCCAUUCCCAGCAUGAUGUCUCCUCCCUGCACGCUUUCAUCCCACGAGCCCAGUACAUGUAUAAUCCUGUGGAGAUGGUGGCACCACCACGGGAGGUCACACCGUUUCAGCAAGGCCUGUCUUUGAGCCUGUCUUCUCAGCAAUCCAGGUAUGGGUCUCAGGCUGCCAGAGUAGCUUCUAUUUCUCCGACAGCCGGUGAUGAGCGCAGAGCCACCGUUGGCGGUGGCGGAACCACAUCAUCAGCUUCUGGGAUUUCCAACAGUGUCAACGGUAUGCAUAACAUGCUGUUGAAUUCCAAGUACCUGAAAGCAACCCAAGAAAUUCUUGAAGAAGUGGUGAACGUGGGUAAAGGAGUGCUCAAGAACUCCGACCAGUCAACUAAGAAUCUCACGACCGUCGGUAGCGGUGAUGGUGGAUCACCGCCACCUAUCACCACUGAAGGACUCAGCAGGGAUGAAACCGGAAGCAAAUCUGGUGGUGGCGCUGAACUUACUACAGCCGAAGGACAGGAAAUUCAGAUGAAGAAAGCAAAGCUUGUUAACAUGCUUGAUGAGGUGGAGCAGAGAUACAGACAAUAUCAUCAUCAGAUGCAAAUUGUGAUCUCUUGGUUUGAACAAGCAGCAGGAAUYGGGUCUGCGAAAACUUACACAGCAUUAGCUCUUCAGACGAUCUCGAAGCAAUUCAGGUGCCUCAAAGACGCGAUUAUGGGACAGAUUAAGGCUGCCAGCAGGAGCUUGGGUGAAGAAGACAGUUUAGGCGGUGGCAGGAAGCCUGAUGGAAGCGGGUCGAGGCUAAAAUUUGUAGAUAAUCAACUCCGGCAACAGAGGGCUUUGCAGCAAUUGGGAAUGAUCCAACACAACGCUUGGAGACCCCAGAGAGGAUUGCCCGAGCGAUCUGUUUCUGUUCUUCGUGCUUGGCUCUUUGAACAUUUCCUUCACCCUUAUCCGAAGGAUUCAGACAAGCAUAUGCUUGCAAAACAAACAGGUCUUACAAGAAGUCAGGUUUCAAAUUGGUUCAUCAAUGCUCGAGUGAGGCUAUGGAAGCCGAUGGUGGAGGAGAUGUACCUGGAGGAAAUCAAGGAACAAGAACAGAAUGGAUUGGACGAUCAUAAAAUGAGCAAAAGCGAACAAAACGAAGAGAAUUCGUCAUCCAAGCUGGAGAAGAGCCUUUCACCGGAAAACUCAAACAGACGAUUCAAAUGCACCAAACCAGAGAAUUCCUUCAACCAUGCUAGCCAAAACAUCCAUCCACCAUCAAUGUCGGUUUCCACCAGUGUCUCGACAUCUCCCACUGCUGCUGGAAUAAAUUUCCAGAACCCCUCUGGUUUCAGCCUCAUUGGCUCCUUAGAAAUGGAAGGAAUCACACAAUUCAGCCCCAAGAAACCAAGAAACAGCGAAAGACAGCAGCAAAACCAAGAUGGCGGUUUUUCAUUAACCGGCAACCCAACCGACUUCAUGGGCGGACUCGGGGGAUACCCAAUUGGUGAAAUUGGAAGGUUCAGUGCCGAGCAAUUCCAACAGCAGUACUCAGGAAACGGAGUCUCGUUGACCUUAGGCCUACCACACUGUGAGAACCUAUCAAUAUCGGGCACCCACCAGAGUUUCCUCCCUAACCAAAACAUCCAACUCGGCAGAGGAACAGAACUAGGAGAAGAUAAUGAGUUUGGUGCCAUAAAUCCACCAUCUUCUUCACACUCAGCAGCCAUGUACGAGUCGAUGACCAUUCAAAACCGUAAGAGGUUUGCUGCACAACCUCUACCAGAUUUUGUUGCUUGAUCAAGAUCAUGGGUGCUGUCAAGAAUUCAAGAAAUAAAAACAAGAUUUACCCUAGAACAGAUCUAUACUUUGAUGAGCAAGAACCAUUAGAGUUCUUUAUAGAUACAGAUUAGGUUUUUCAAGAAUCGUUCCAUGAUUUAAGGACUGUAUAUUAAUUUUGUAUCAGCAGAUGCAUAGAUGGAUUGGCAGGCAUAUUGUAUGUAUGUAUGUAUGUAAAACUAGUUAUAUAUAUCGUUAAAUGGGGGGUAUACGAAAACAAUAUUUAUUAUUAUGA